UGAGAAAUGAAGAAUCAGUCAGUGGAGUUAGAAUAUAUGUUGCUUGGACUGACAGAUGACCCUCACCUACAAAUUCUGAUUUUCCUGUUUCUGUUUUUCAAUUACAUCUUGAGCCUGAUGGGGAACUUAGUGAUCAUCCUCCUCACCCUGCUGGAUCCCUGCCUCAAGACUCCAAUGUACUUCUUCCUCAGGAAUUUCUCCUUCUUAGAAAUUUCAUUCACCACAGUGUGCAUCCCCAGGUUCCUGACCAGCAUUCUCUCAGGAGACAGAACUAUUUCCUACAAUGGUUGUGCAGCUCAAUUAUUCUUUGUAUUCCUACUAGGAGUCACAGAGUUCUACCUCCUGGCUGCUAUGUCCUAUGAUCGCUAUGUAGCCAUCUGCAGACCACUGCAUUACCCCAUCAUCAUGAACAGCAAAGUGUGUCACCUGCUGGUCAUCAGCUCCUGGGUGACUGGGUUCUUAAUCAUUUCUCCCCCUAUGCUCUUGGGACUCAAACUGGAUUUCUGUGCUUCUGGAACAAUAGAUCAUUUUCUAUGCGACCCUUCUCCUGUGCUCCAGCUAUCUUGUUCAGACACACAUUUAAUAGAAGUGAUGAUUUUUGUCUUAGCUAUGAUGACACUUAUAGUCACCUUGAUCUUGGUGAUCCUCUCCUACACACUCAUCAUCAAAACCAUCCUAAAGUUCCCUUCAGCUCAGCAACGCAGAAAGGCCUUUUCCACCUGCUCCUCACACAUGGUCGUUGUCUCCAUUUCUUAUGGGAGUUGUAUCUUCAUGUAUGUUAAAACAUCAGCCGAGGAAAGGGUGACUUUAAAUAAAGGUGUAGCUGUGCUCAACACUUCAGUGGCCCCUUUGCUAAACCCUUUCAUUUAUACCCUAAGGAACCAGCAGGUGAAGGAUGCUUUUAAACAUGUACUUCAUAGAAUCUGUUCAAAACAAUGA